GUACUAAAGAAAGAAAGAAAAACAUUAUGGAGUUUAAAAUUGUUAUAUGUAAAACUUACAGCGCUUUUAUGUAAAAGUAGAGCCUGUGUAAAGGAAUGUUGUAUGCUGUAUAGAAAUAGUUUCUAUACGUGACGAUACUGCAGCUUUCAGCAGCUAAUUAUUAUUCAUCGUGGACAAAGUAUCACAGCUUGUCCACGCCUUGCUGGUCAAACAGUUUCAGUAAAAGACUCAUUCAGCUCCGUUGUAGCAAGAAACGGCACCGGAGGUGGUUCUUACCAACAGCAAUCACCCUGUACAACAGCGCAUCUUUGUGCCGGGACAUUAUUGUGCCCUAGAGCCUAUUCCUAGGAAAAGCUCAUUGGACAGAUGAUCCAUGUUUUUGCACCGGGUUGCAUUCUGCUUACUGCCCUAACGCUACUCAUCAUAUUAUUGCACUUUAUAACUGAGGUCCCUCUGAUGACCACAGCUACUCUGCUGCACCUCCAUGGUACUUCUUUGCCUGCUGUUUACACCAUACAUUACACUAAUCAUUUAUCUUCCCUGGAGUUAAUUCUCCAUUAUUGCACUGACACUUUCAGAUUUACUCAGAAGACUUGUGUAUACAUUAUAUCCAAUAUUAUUUUAUAAUUGUGUACUGAUUGAUUGAUUGAUUGAUUUAUGAGAUCACGUGACGCUUUAAUUGCACACAGAUGAAGUCCUUUCAGCUAAUUACAAGGCUGAUGGCAAACCCCCACACUCCAGGGUUAUGGUCUAGUUUCUGAAGAUUCAUGACAUCUAGUCCCAGUUUCCAUUUCAGUUCUAGGUUUUAACACUACGUGGAAAUGUGGAAAUACUUAUGCAAGGCACUGUACGUUGUUUUGCACUGGGAGAUCAAAGAACAAAAUAAAAAAAAAAAAGGUAAACAAGUGCAGGAAGAUUAAAUUGAUCACUGAAAUAACUGCUAUAGCUGGUAUAACACCUGGCACUGUAUAUUCGAAUGUCAGGAAUGUGGACUAAUGUAAAUACAUUCAUGAUAAAAUAAUGAUCACUUUCCGGAUAAGCAAGUUUGAUCAUAAAGGAGACAUUUUAUUACAUGACUGUGAAUAUGGAUAAACUGAUAUUUUUAUGCUUGGAUCAAUUUCGGUCAUUAUUAUAUUUAAUAUUUUAACGUUUUAUUUAAAAAAUGACUUUACGCACAAAAUAAAAGCAAGCCAGUAAACCAACGCUCUUCAUUCAGGUAGAAACUGUAAGCCAGUUAAAGGAUGCUUCUAAUAGGUUAGGCUAUGUUGUGGCAGUUCGAUUCAUUAAAAAGAAUCGGUUCAGAUGAACGAUUCGUUCUCGAGUUGAACUUUCCUGCCCGGCAUCAUUGGGCCUGGAUCAUUUGGUCCACCGGCAGUGCUGGUUGCAACGUCUAGUCUUAUUUAUUGUAGGCAAGUCGUCUAACAAAAGUAUACGAACAAACAAAAAUAACCCAAGAAAGCCACUUUUGUAUAACUAGUCUAAAACAAGGCAACAUGGAUAGAAGAAGAGUUACACUACAACUUGUCAUAUUAUAAGCCUUAUCACCACAACUUCGUGUUGCAUUUAAACCUUAAUAUUUUGAAUUUGUGCUGAAUAACACCGCACCGUUAGCUCUAAUAACAGCUCCAUUCACCACGUCGUCCUGGACUGCUAGUCGGCUCUUUAACUUCCGGGAAGCUUUCUACACCAAUGCGGCUUCACCAUUUAAAUCACGUGAUCUUUGAAUUCAGCCUGAGGACGAAAUUUGAAAUGAGUUAAGCAUUGUGUAGAAGUGCCUGUGUUUGCAGUAAGUUCGCAUAGGGGAAAAACAUUCAACUUUGCGCCGUGAAUUUGAAACACACAAACAACAGGACUUUGGACUCCCAUCUGUUUUUCUGUUGAUGAUGGCUUCGAUAGCCGAGGAUGAGUUUUGCUCAUUGGCUGAAGAGAAGUUUGAUUUUGAAGUUUCACUGUCACCAGCAAGUUCUAAAGGAGAUGAUGUUGAAGAUGAAGUCUUCCUGGGUCCGGUCACACGUAAGGAGAGAUGUAUUUCCCAUGGAAUGGAGACCCAAACAAAAGAGAGUGUGAGCAGCGGACCGUCUUUGGGUGAGGAACCCAGCUGGAGCCCACUGCUUGAGGAGAACUUUGAGGAAAUUCGCAAAGAAGCUCAUCUUUUAGCCAGCCACCUUGAGAAAACUCUUACUGAACCUGUUGCAAAUGACCUUACAGCUGAUUCCAGUUUGCCUGAAGAGGCAGAAAAGUUUGAGGUGGACUCCUCGGCCAAACUGGGCAUGUUCAAGCCGGCUGAUACACUUAGCCCCAUUAAGAGAGAAACAUUUUGUGUUCAGGACAGCCCCAUGAAACAGCUUCCACCUGCCAUCCAGAAGCGACUGCAGAAGUCUAGCAAUAUAUCUGGAGGCAAACCACGUCUCAGCACCUCCAGCCCUGUGAGAACUACUGACACUCAACCUAAAAUGGCCCCAAGAGGGAAAAGCCUCUUGCUCAGUGGCAGAGUACUACCUAACAAACCCACAGCCAUGGGGAACUCUCGACUUUCCUCUGGCACUCGGUCAGCACUUCCUAGCAAAAAUCGGCUUCCACCACCCAGCCAAAGUUGUUUUGGCCUGAAGCGGAGUCCUGGUAGUAGAGACACAAGCAGAACAGGCUCUGCUGAAGACUUGCUCUCUGAUACAGCUAGUGUAUCCUCUGAUGUGAGUGAUUCCUCCUUCAACACAAGCCUGCCUGUAAAGAGAGGACUUCCAGCCCCCAGCAAGACUGAAUUAAGAGGUGGUGCACCUCUUCGUAAAGUUCCUACACUACCUAACAGGAGAGUGGUGGACCGCAGCCGGAAUACUUCUUCCUCCUCCUCUUCUGUGUCUAGUAUCAACUCAAGCCUGUCUGUCUCACCAACUGGUAAAUGCAAACUGAAUUCCUCCCUGAACACCAGUGUGAGUAGCAUCAGUGGCAGCAGGCUUCCCAGUUCCAACCGCAAGUCAGGAAUCAUCAACAAACCUCUAGAAACCUCUGCUGGAAGAACAGCAUCCUUCUCCACACAAGGAAGGAAAGGAUCUGAGCCUGUUCCUAGACUGGUCAAGGCCACCCCUAUUAGUAGAACAGAGACUGGACCUUCUGUUCAGCACCAAACACCAGCUAAGAGGACUAUGGAGAGGACCACCUCUGUGCCCAGCAUAUCUACACUUGCUGCUAAGACUAGAAGCACUGUUAAGGUGAAUUCCAACUUGAAAGCUUUCGUGGCACCAACUCCAACAAACUCUCUGAAAGGAGUACGAAGAUCUGAUGUUACAUCAUCACCUGAUGUUCCUCGAAUUAUGAAACCGAAAAGACUGAUGUCAGCUUGCAGUGUGGACAGUGUUCCACAGAAACUCAAUCUUCCUGCAACUCAUGGCCUCCAGACACCUUCAAGUGCAACUGAGAAGCCAUUGCAGUCUAAACUGCGGCGACCAUCUGCUCUGCCUACACCUGUGAACCGCCGCGUGUCUGGCAUCCCCAUGCUGACACCCAAAAGUGUGUCUCGCCUCAACAAAGUGUCCCACACCGCUGAGCCACACUCACAGUCACCAACUUCCAGCUCAAAGAUUAGUCAUGCUAGCCCAGGUCAGCUGAAGCAGAGUGAGCAGCAGCAAGUAGUCGAGCAGACAGUGCCCAAGGAGGACUCCUCUGCUUCGGCUGAGCUUCAGCCCCGCUCCCUGGUCUUUACUCUGGAGGAUAACUUGGAUAGACUCACUGGUUGUGAGCCUGCAGCAGUGAAGUCUUCCAUACAAUCCCCAGUUGAUCUGGAGCCUCAUCCGCCUAACCCAGAAGGUCCAUCACAUUCAAAGCCUGAGGAAAUUCUGCACAACCACCAGUUGAAGCAGACAGGAACACAGGAGGUGCUGCUGGUGGAUGCACCUGCUCCUGUUUUGAAGCCUGAAGAGAAGGUACUCAUUGACCUUUCCAACACUCCUGACCUGAUCAAAACCUUUCCCAGUAAGGCUUUUGGUGGACAGCUGAUUGAUUUGAGCUCACCUCUUAUAAAAUGGAGUCCAGAAGGAAAGAAGGAAAACCCUGUGAAUGAGGCUCCUCCACUCAUUAACUUGUCCUUCUGACGAACCUGCAUUGCCAAGUGAACAAAUCCAAGAAAAAUAAAACUGUAACUACAGAAACACUGUCGUAUGAAAAGGAUGCUCGUAAGACUCUAAUAAUAAUGUGCAUUUUAUUCAUGUGGUUGAUUGUAUGUGCUGUGAUUGUUUUAUUAUGCUGGAACCUGUCAGUGUUACUGUUCAGAGUAAUUUACUUUUGAAUGUUUGUCUUUGUUAGUCUUGUCUUUUUUUUUUCCCCCCAAAAGGUACAAAUAAAAUAUCUAAACUA